GAAUGAUAGCCACGCCCACAUUUUAAGAUGGCGUCCACUAGUGAAGUGACUGAUUCUGUUGUACAGUUACCUCAGAAUAAAAGAGAUUUUGGAUCUUUUCAGUCAUCAAACGUCCAAGAACUAAUAGAACUUUCAGAUGAUGACUAUGUUUCACCAUCCCUCCCUAUUGCAACACCUUCAUUCGCUGAGAGAGUCAGUUUUGGUAAAAAUAUGAAAAAUGAACAUUUCUACCUAGACGCUAACUGUACUUAUCUUAAUCAUGGUGCUUUUGGACUCUCUCUUAAAGAAGCUCUUGACAUUAAAUCAAAGUGGCUGAUACACAUUGAUACUAACCCACUGUCUUUCAUGGACAGAGAGCUGCUUCCAUUACUGGUUCAUGUUGUUCGGGAAUUUGCUAGUUUCAUUAACUGUAGUCCUAGAGAUGUAGUUCUCAUCCCCAAUGUGACAUAUGGUAUGAACACUGUACUGAAGAGUCUAAUAGAUACCGGAUACCUGACAGCUGCUAGUAAAAUAAUAUACAUGAACUUAACUUAUGGGAGUACUAAGAAGCUAUUGAAGCACAUUGCUGGUCUACAUGAUCUGGUACUUGAAGAGAUAAACGUUGAGUUUCCAUUAAAAGACAUUAACGACGUCGUAAAGCUUGUAUCAGAGAAGAUUGAUUCAGUUACUAGAUUAGUCAUCCUUGACCACAUUCCCAGUAACUAUGGUGUUGUACUGCCAGUAAAAGAGAUAGUAAAAGUCUGCCACAGAAGUGGUGUGCAGGUGCUGGUUGAUGGAGCUCAUGCUCUGGGAAUGUUAGACAUUAACAUGAGGGAUAUUUCUGCUGACUAUUACAUUGGUAAUGCUCAUAAGUGGUUCUGCAAUCCAAAAGGGUGUGGCUUCUUGUAUGUUGACUCCGCCCACCACUCAUUGAUAAGACCAUUAGUGGUAUCUCAUGGGUUUGGAUCAGGUUUUACAGCUGAGUUCCUCUGGUCAGGUCUAAUGGACUAUACUUCUUAUCUAUCAUUAUUAACAGUUAUUCAGUUCUGGAGACAUUACGAUCCACAAAAGAUCAGACACUACAUCAGGAGUCUGUCAAGAGAGGCAGGUGAAUACCUUGUCUCCCAAUGGGGUACUGGACUAUUAUCAAACAUUGAUCACUUCUGUGGACUGAUGCUAGUACAAUUACCAGCUGGUGUUUUGAAAAGAGAUGACACCAUUAGCUAUGAUGACGCUGAGCUGAUUCAAAAUGAGUUACACCACAAGUACAAGAUUGAAAUUCCAAUAAAGGUGAUUCAAGGUGUUCUUUAUGUUAGGGUGUCAGUUCAUGUUUAUAACGAUAUUAACGAUAUCAAAGAAUUAGCAGCUACUGUUAAUGAAAUAAUAACAAAUGGAGGAGUGUGUAAACAAAAACAACAACAAUAAUAAUCAAUUAAUAAUUAAUUAAUAACUAAGAGAAUGUUACUAAUAAUAGCCAAACGUUAUUUAUUACCUG